AUGACCUGUCUCCGCCAUCUAGAUGGCCGCCAUUUCAACGUCAACUCCCGUCGACCUCAAUAUCGAGAAGUCGAUGGCUCUAUUUCGCAGAUGACAUACUAUACCCCUCUACAAUCCGACAUCACAACCGCUGUCUCGUUGGCAGCUACAGCAACACGUGUUGCGGGUGGAUGGUGGGCGACAGGCUACAUUUGGCGCUGCAUUUUCGUGGCCAUGGAGCGAGGGGGAAUCUCAGCAAAAGGUCUAUCACAGGCAAUUUCAAGCUGGCCGCCUGCACCUCGCCACUUCACUCGGAAAAGUAGUAUGCUGAUCAUAUACCUCACCCUUUUCGCCACUUUCGUCAUCGAUUAUUUCUCUGCCGUUUUAACUGGCUCAUUCAUUUGGGAGGCUGCAGAUUCACGCACACCCGGAAGGAUACCACUCACAAUCUCUAACGGAACUCUAAAUUAUAAUAAUGCAUUUGGGGGUGACGAUGCUUUCGAGUGGGUGCAAGACCCCCAACAGGUCUUAACGGACACACAAAUACCCUUACUUAAUCAGACACGGGACGUGGAUCCCGAACCAAGGGUAGGAGGGGGGGGUGUCCAGCUGAAGGCCGAAAAAAAAAUUGUUGACGCCGUCAAUUUCAAAUUUUCUCAUGCUGGUCUCCUCAUAACUAUCUUUACACUGAUCAUGACCUACUUGCAACCAGUUACACCACUCUCGACGCCUCGGAUUCUUGCGACGCGGCUGGCCGUGGUGGAUCCCUCACGAGUACCCUAUAGCCGUUGUUUCAACAGCAUGCUAUAUGCAUCCUUACGAUGCCUAGGCUUAGUUUACGGUCAACCGCCUAAUUAUACGAUCAACCCAGGCUUCCAAAUCAACUUGUUUGGUGGUGUGAACGGGUCUAUGGCCGAUAUCUUGCCCUGUUUUGCUAUUGCAAAUGUGUCGUACCGGGCUGGAGCAUCCAGAAGUCGAAACUGUAAAACAAUUUCCCCGAAUGUCGUGGGAGCAGAGGACGCCCCCUUUUCACUCAUCGGAAAUCCAUUGACUUCCGAUGCACUGGGACUAUCACCAAUCCUUGGAACCAAUCUUAUGUUAUCUACAUAUGCGAUUCCCUCAAACUAUGGGACACGCAGAAACUUCUUCAUCAAGUUAACUUCGCGGGCAUAUCAGGCUGCAUGGGCAGCAUUGUCGGACUUCGAGACCUCGAACCUUUAUGUUGACCCAACCACUACGACUGCGGGAGCCCUCGUCACCGUCAACGAACGCGCCCGCGAACCGAGUGCUGCCACUUGUCGUCGACUAGCCAACGCUAUCAUGCUCGGUUCUGUUGACGUGGGCUCUCUUCCUGCAGGUCGUGUCGCCCUCAAGACUGGCUAA